AUAACAAAUGACGACUUUGCUUAGUAAAACUAGUAGUACGUGCAUGCAGUGCUUAUCGCGAUGUCACCGAUCUUCUCCUGGCUUCAGAAUACUUGUAAUGUACCCAUAUACCUGAAUUCAAGAUUUCAAGUGACCAUGGUUGUGUUUCUGUAGUUACACCAUUCAUUGAGACUGAAGAUGGCUGGAAAGGAAGCCUUCUGUAUGUCAAAUCCAUUACAACCAGAAAGUAGUCCAGAUGCCAUCCGUCCAUCUUUGACAUCCCUUCGAACCCUAUCUCUGGACGAGACUAAAUCACUAUCGGAUCAAGGCUGCUGCAGUACCAGUACAACCUCAGAAAACUCCUUUCCACAAGAGUCCCUUCCCUCGUCAUCGUGGCGUACGCUGUCGUUGGACGAGAAGCUCCUACGGGGGCGGGGAAGCGGGUCCUCCCGCCGUCCGUCCACUCAUGAACAAUACUGUCGGAGGGUAUCGUCGUGUCAUACCAUCAGCGGAAACCUCGCCCUCGACCCUAUGAUCACCUGUAAGCUUUGCCUAUGUGAAUGUAAACUACAAGAGAUGCAUCAAAUGCACAUGUGUUCCUGUCUUUACUGUAAAAAGUGUCUUCAACAGUACUUGGGAGUCUUAACAGAAGAGGGCGCUGUCUCUGUUGUAACAUGUCCAGAUGCUGCCUGCAAGGAGCAUGGCAAGAUAUCCGAUGAAGAGAUUCGGUUGCUGGUGGAUGAUGCUUCUUUUGAAAAAUUCAAGAAAGUUAAGUUCAUGAAAGAAGUGGAAUUAGACCCAAGCCGUGCCUGGUGCCCGAGGGUGGGAUGUAACACAGUCUGUAGGCAGACGGAGAAGGAGAAGAAGCAAGAAGGGGAACAAGGGAAGAGCAAAGGAAAGAAACUCCUCCGCCUCACUGGAAAGAAAUUCAGCUGUUCAAAGUGUGGGCUUACAUUCUGUUCAAUCUGCAAAGCACCUUGGCAUGGGGCAAGACCAUGUAGUAAAUUAGCCAAAGGAACCGGAAGCGUUUCAGGGAAGUCCAGAGGAACCUCCCAUAUUCUUGAUAUGUUAGGUAUUCAGAAAGAGGAUUCGGAUGAAGUGGCCAUCAAACGUUGUCCAUUCUGUCACAUACCCAUUGAAAGGGAUGCAGGCUGUGCCCAGAUGAUGUGUAAGAACUGUCAGCACGUCUUCUGCUGGUACUGUCUCACCAAUCUUGAUAAUGACUUUCUCCUGCGUCAUUACGACAAAGGUCCAUGCAAGAAUAAAUUAGGACAUUCCAGGACAACGGUCAUCUUUCAUCGAGCUCAGAUUGUGUGUGUGUUUGCUGGCUUUGGAUUCCUCCUGCUCAUCGCGUCACCGUUCCUCCUCCUCGUCGCUCCGUGUAUCCUCUGCUGUAAGAGCAAAUGGGGCCAUAUGUGCGAUGACAUUGACGAAGUACCCGAAUAAUGAAUGUAUUGCGUUUCAGAAAUCUGUUCAUAAGUUACGAGUGACUUAACAUGCGACUUCUGCCCCUUUCUUGGGUUAAAAUGAUACAUCUCUGUUACAUGAAUAAUGAAUCUAUUGUGUUUCCUAAAACCGUUGGUAAGUUAUGAAUGACUUUACCCAUGACUGGUGACCUUCUCUUGUGCCAAAAUCCUUUAGCUGACUUGUACGAGUUGUGCGUGAUAUUGUGCAUUACUUUACAGACACCCCUGCAAAACACUUACCAAUCCCUUACCAGGGCCCUGUUGCAUUAAAGUUACUGUUAUGUAAUAACUUUGCAUUGCAACGGUAUCUUACCCGGAAUCCUUGAUUUUGAUUGGCUGAUGAGCAUUGUUACCAUGGUAGUUACCAUUGGAUGGCAAAGUUACCAUAAUAGUUACUUUUAUGCAACGGGCCCAGGUAGUGUUUUGGGUGUUUUCUCUCCCUUUCUUUUUUGUCAGUACUUCCUUCACGGACACAAUAGGACACAUUAUCUUUGGCUGGUACACAUUUUAUUGACUGAACAAAGGGCAUUUAUACCAGAGACAAAAUUUUCAUUGACAAGAUAAAUGCCCAUGCCACCACUUACUUAGGGAAAAUAACAAGCAGAGUGCUGUAUAGAUACAUUACUACAUGUACACUGUUCAUUUGAUUAUGGCUUUAAUAGCAACACAGAAUUCAUGCACUUUCACCACUCCCUGGGGAGCAUUCUAUGAAGAGCUUCCAAGCUUGUAUGCUAGGCAUACUAUGUUGGCAUUUGCAUUCUGUUAUAUUACUCUGCACAUGGAUUCACGCACAAUUGGUCCCCUCGCUCAGGCAUGCCAACCGUUCCCUUUUGAGAGUAUUUGUUCCUCUUUUUUGCUAUGAAUCAACUAAUACUUUUUUGUAUGGUUUGUUACUUUUUUUGUAUUUCCGAUCAUGGAGUAUGUUUUAUACACUGCGCGUGACACCAGCGCCGUUCCAUCAGUCCCAGACCGGAAAAAAACAGGGACAUUCUUGCCUUCGAGCACAUGCUUAAAAGGGUGAAUUAUCAAGUUUUCAAGUAGAGUCAUUUCCAGUUUAUUCACCGAUCUCACGACAACAGGCUGGCGAUUGUUACGUUGAGACAAAUUUCUAAAAAUACUCUUUUUGUCAAAAAAUACUUUUUUUUCCUCCUGAGAAUACUUUUUUUUCCUUCUAAGAAUACUUUUCUUUUUUAAGGUUAGCAGGUCUGCUCGCUGCACAUGAAACUUCAUAUUAUAAUUUCAGAAAAAUGUAAGUUGUAUAAAGGGAAACCAUGGAUUGAAUUAAUCCAAGGUGCGCAAUCGACUGCCAUACCCCCCCCCCCCCCUUCCCCAUGUUCAUCCCAUUGGUGUUGGAUAUUUUGUGUGGCCUUUACAUGUUUAAAUUUUUGUGCUAUGGUAUAGGAAUGUGCCAUAUAAAAAGUGGCCUAGCCCCAAAAAUAUUAAAAUUGGAGGCCUAGGAAACCAAAGAAUGAGGUAUGGUUGUUCUGUGGUGAUAAGAAGAUAAAAUUAGAUAAUUUUGUACUUGUAGACAGUAUUUUUUUGGGGGGAGGGGGGGUCACAAGGAGUGAAGUGUGACUUGGAGUAAUGCAAUCUUAAUACGCAGUAGCGCAUGACCUCUUAGUGUGACUUGAGUUGACCAAUGCGGUUAUGCCUCUUAUAACGCACGCAACUGGGAAUUUAAGUGCGACUAUAAAGUCACUCCUAAAUCCUUGUUUGACAUCCGUAAGUUUGAAAUCCAAACUACUUUAGAAUGCGAAGCACCUACAUAGACAAGGUCUUUUAUAAUACAGACAUGUUCAAUUCGUUACUUGUGGAGAAUUUAAUGCUCAUUCAUUUUAUUCAUCAGAGACAGGGCUUCUAAGUAGUUAUUCUUCACAGGUGUAAGGAAAUGGUAGUAUUUAGAAGUUUUUUUUUUUGCAGCAUUGCUGAAGUACUAUUAAGCGCAAACAAUAAUGGAAUGUUAAUCAGUACAAGUCAUGUUUUAUACCUUGAGCAAAUAUAAAUUUUGUAUAUACGUUUUCUUUUGUCUGGUGUGGUUGAUAAUUAAUAUAAAGUGCACUUGGAUAUUUAUUCAAUGUCACUAUAUUUGUAUUGGAGACAUGGAACCUUUGCAAAGAGAGGUGAAUAUAUUUUGAUUUUUAGUGCAGCUGUAAGUUGCAAAUAUGAUGAUUAUUCCCUAAUCUCCAUGGUAAUUUGUGUAUUAGUGUAGGAACUUUGUUGGACUUAUACAAAGUGAUGUUAUAAAAUGUUGUUUUGCAAAGGGCUGGCACCCUUGUUUUAUGUUCAACAACAAUUAUGAUGAUUGAAUGGCUGUAACAGUUCAAAGGCAGAUGAAAUCUGGAAUGUUGUAUGUUUAUUGGGCUGAAGACGUUAGCCUUGUUCCUCAAAUUGAACUUCACUGAGUGUCACUUUAUCAUGAACUUUCUUGGCAUAAUGCACAUAAUUACCAAAUAUAACAGGUUUUGAGUUCAGACAAUUGUCCUGUACAGUUUUACAUGUACAGGUGUAAAAUAAAUUGUUUUUAAACAGUGAAGACACUAGGCAGAAUGGGGUUUUUUUUCAUCAAGAAGGAGGUGAAUAAGACAACAUUUUCAAGUGGAUAAAAGAGUGCUCUCUUUUUCCCUUUCUAUCGCAAGAAAAUUGAAGCAAUAUUUCCCUGUCAAAAUCGGAUUAAAAAUGUGGCUGUUGCUGUUGAGAACUCAAAACCUAUGAUAAAGUGGUAUGCAAAAGAGUUAUUUGACAUCACUUGUACAUCGCUGUGCCAUUUCUUUGGGAAUUUAUGUAUUCCUCCAAUAUUCAUGAGGAUUGUAAUUUCAACCCAUUCUUUAUUAGUCCUAAGGCUACAAUUGAUUGAUUGAUUGAAUUUAUUUUCUUCAUUUCAACCAAAUUGACAAAGUUAGUAGGAACAAAACAGAAUAUGAAUAACAAAAAUUUAUAGGCCUAUCAUGAAUAUUCAUAAUUCAUAUGCCCAUUCAUGACAUCAUGAUGAAUAAGUUUGUGUCUGAAGGCCUGUUCAUGAAUAUUUAUGAGGACUACCCCUUCUACCAUUUGUAGGCCUAUUGGGAAAAAAAUGUGUUUCUAGGUGUUGGAGAUUUUAUUGAGUUCAACACUCAAUAUCCACUGAUAAAUAAACAAAUACAUUUGUGUGAACAAAUCUUUCUGUGUGUGUAUGUUUGUGGUGUUUGAAAGCAUGUGUAAGGGUGUUUAUCAUUUAUCUGUAAUAUUUCAAUAAGUGUUCUUCGGAGGGAGUCCCACGUUGUAUUAUGUGCAGAACCAGUUUAAGUGCUUUGGCAGGCUUUUUUUAUUUUUAUUUAUUUCAUUUUAAAUAUGUAUUAUCAUUGUUUGGUUUUUUUUGGGGGGGGGUCUUUUUCUUUGCCUUUAUGCUCGCGAUUCGUCAUUGAGCAAUCAAUGCCAGGUAUGUGUUUAUCUAUUUAGAAUUUACUUUUUUUUUUUUUUUUUUUUUUUUUUCAUUUCACAUUUUAAUCCUCUUCAAGUGCAUAGGUGUUUGGAUUAAUAUACAUGUAAAUCUAUUUAGCAUUCAUGUUUGUUUAGUAAAACACAAAUGUCAUUUUGUAUGCAUUAGUUUGUGAUAUUCUUUCUAAUCACUUGAGAGCACUCACUGAAGUAGUAUUGCAACAUGACAUGUAUACUCUUUUACGGAUGUAUCAUACAUCUAUUUGUAUUUAAUGAGAUAUGAUAUUGAGAUGUUUAAUGGGAUUUUUUAAUGGUUAAAAGCAUGAAAAAGAUGAAUGGUUGAUGAUUCGUAAUCAUUAGCACAAAUAAUUUCACAGCAGAUGCGUACAUGUGGAGCUGUACCUAUUAAAGACUUUUGGUACUUACACUAAUUUCAUGACACAAAAGACAGAGAAGUUUCAUGGCAUCCAUUGAAUUUCAUCAUACACAGAUUAGCAUUAUUAUGUUGGCCAAUCAUCAUCUAUAUGCUGCAUUGCAUGUAUAAAAGUGAAAAUGUUUUUGUUUUUUCUAAAAUAUUUGUGGUGGCGUUGUAUUACCUGAUUGCGAUACAGAAAGCCUGUCAAAUGCUUGAAAGCACGCAACCAGAGGACUGAAGGCUGAAGGUCCUCUCCGAGGGACUCGAUGAUGGGGAUGAAUUUCAAAGGGCCCUUUGAAGUACCAAGUGGGUAUCAAAACCAGGUCACAUGAAUCCGAAACCCCCACUCUACCUGCCGAAUGAGCUGUUGCUAUCUACAAUUAGUCUGCAAACACAGACUCAUAUUUGUCACUUUAACCCAUAACAGGUCUAGAGUUAAGACUAGACGCCAAAGGCUCUGUGCUCGGCAAAUGAGAGACAGCCACAGAACAUAGUGAAUCUAGUCUCACUACUUCAGACUCUGCAUUAUGCACUAUGCGAAUUGUGAAAGCCAAGGGUCUGUACCUGCAGACUAAUAUGCAAUGGCUUUUUCAUAUGUUGAAUGCUUGUCAUUUAAGAAGACAGAAUUUUGUGUUAAGGACUAGGUAUAAUGUAGCUUAUGGCAAUAUUAAUUGAAUUUAAUUAUAAAGUCGUGCACUUUUCCAACACAUUGUGUUAUCUGAUUUAUCCAUUGUACUAUACUUGUUAUUAAUCACCACAACAACAUGGAUUGUAUUCACAAAGCAAGUAUAGUGUUACAAAUUUGAAUUUAUAGUUAAUUUGUGAACAUUAUUUGUGUUUUAUGAAUUCUUCUCUUGUUUUGCUAAUUAUAGUAAUAUAUUCAAAGUUAUUAUACAUGUAUCAGCACAUUUGCAUUGUCUUUAUUUGCUCUAUUUAUUCUGUUGUAUGUAUAUAUGGGUUUUAUGUUCUUGGUUUAGCAUUCUGAUUGAAAAAUAAUAUACAUAUAUAUAACUUGCCACUAUCACAGGAGUGUGUGUGCCCCCCCCAAAAAAAAAAAAAAAACCAAUAAUAAUGAUAAUAAUAAUAAUAAUAAAUGAAAA